CCGGGAACCGGGCCUCUUGCCACCUGGCUCCGACGUCCUGUUUCCCAAAACACCCCGAGGCCCUGAGAGUCCUGAGUGACGAGCAGCCUCCGCAGAGCCAGGCUGCUUUAAGUCCCGCUCCCCGCCGGGCUGACCCUACGCACCCAUUUCCAGCUUUCAGUUUCUCAGUUUCCCCAUCUGUAAGAUGGGGAUAACGGCAGGCAGCACCUCCCUCAUUUGGUCGCCAGGGAAAUUCGCUUCAAGCCCCAAGUUUGUGUCCAGCCAGCUGGACGCGGACAUGCGAGAGGUGACCCUAAGUCUGCUCAUCCUCCUGACAGGCCUGCCUGCCCUGGACGCCAACGACCCAGAAGAUAAAAACAGUCCUUUCUACUAUGACUGGCACAGACUCCGAAUCGGUGGACUCAUCUGUGCUGGGGUUCUGUGCACCAUCGGCAUCAUCGUCCUCAUGAGUGAGUGGGACGCUGGUGGCCGGGCUGGCAGGGCAGGGCUGUGGGCCCGGGUCCUCUCUCCCAACCAUCCCCUCUCCCCAACAGGUGGGAAAUGCAAGUGCAAGUUCAGCCAGAAGCCCAGUCACCAUCCAGGGGACUCCCCUCCUCUCAUCACUCCAGGCUCUGCCCAUCACUGUUGAGGAUGGAUCGACCAAAAGGACACGGACGUCCCUUCUCUUCCCCCAAGUCUUGGCUCUGCAUGGGGGCUUGGACUCCAGGAUGGAAGUCUCCCUCCUCUCCUCAGACCGCCUUGCCAGGGUCUCAUCUCACCUCUCACUGGGGGUGGGGGUGGGGUGUCUUUCUGUUCGAUUUUUAAUCUAAAAGUUGAUCGUGUCUCCUGCCCAAGCAGCCUCAAGACUCCCUACGUUGGGAUGGGCUUUCACUGGCAGCUGGCACAGAAGCUGGCCAUCAUCUCUCUAAGGCCUGAUGAAUGGCAUGAGGUCUGCCCUCUGCCUCCCAAGGCUGGGGGAGCCACGGGUGCAAUUUAAAAUUUUCUAGUAGCCAAGUGGUGGACACUCUGGGGAGUGAAAGGGCGCUCUAACCAGAUGGAAUGCUGGGACAUUGAGACCAUCCCAGGAAAACAAGGAUGUGGAUCUUCCUAUCACGAUAUGAGGAGUCACAUAGAGUAUGGUUAGAAUAGAAAGACCCCAUGCCCCCCCCCCCCACUCACCUCUGGGACCCCACUUGAUUAUAGAAAACUCUUCCUAGUACCCAACUGUCCCUGUGAGUUCUCUAAAUAAUUCCCCAUGAGACUAAUAAUAUAUAGUGGCCACAUGGCGUGAGAACCUCCGAGGAGCCUCAAACUCCCUUGAGACUCCCCAAUACCCAAAAAGAUCUCCAAAAUGUCCCCAAGGGCCACCCCAUAUAACGCCUAAAACCCUUCAAAACACCUAAAACUAUCUCCUACGAUGCCUUGAGACAUGACCCAAAGAAGAGAUCCACAAUAAACCAGCGAUUUGUCCCUUC